AUGGAUCCUUCUUCUUUGCCGAAGUACGUUUUCGCGGAGAAGAAUACAUUCUUGGAGGUCACUUUGGAGGAGGACUCGAUGGUGUUGCCACGGAGGUCCUCAUGGUCCUGCGGCGACCACGAACGGCCUCGUUUGAUGUGCGAGCUGGAACGGGAAGAGGUUGCCUAUGCAAAACAUCGCAAUGGGACAUGCAAUCCAUGCGUAUUUUUUGCCAGCAAGCUUGGAUGCCGGACCGCCAGUUGCGAGUAUUGCCACUUGCAGCACACCACCAGCAGACCUCGCCCACGUAAAGAACAACGUGACGGUUACAAGCUGCUGGUCGCUCAGCUUUUUGAGAAUGGGCUGGCUGAGGAUCCCACAAUGCUUCAACAAGCGGCCAUGGUGGACCCGUACAUGCGCCAGCUUAUCACUGGUCGGCUGGACGCUAUGUCCGGGCACGGUCCACGACAAGUGGGAGCACAACCGGCUGACAAUGCCGUAUUUUGUUGCCACAGACAGGCGUUGCCGGCGGCGUCGCCAUCGCCAGGCCGUCGGGAUUGA